UGUAAACAAACACACGUGCCGACAAAAAUGUCAGAAAGGGUUUGUUUCUAUUCAGGAAAAGUGAUAUUGAACUAAAAAAAUAGUACAAGUAGAUAUUUAAAAAUAUAAUGCCUUCAGUUAAAGGAAAGAAGUUGAAAAAUGUAAAACCCAAUCAAAUAAAAAUCAUGAAACAGGCAAUUGGCAGCAAAGCUUGGGAGAAAGUAAAAAUUAAAGGUAACGUUAUCUCUGAUGAUGGAGGAGGAUUCGAAGGACUUAUCGGUUUAGAAGUGUUGGAAGAUUACGAUGCAAAAUUAGUAGAGACAGCAAAGCAAAAACGUACCAGAAAAGAGAAGCGCAUGGACCGGAGAGCAGAUGCCAAAAAACGUAAGUUGGAUCAAGAAACGAAAUUGGAAGAUGAAGAAAAUUGUGGAUCAGAAAUAGAAAAUGAUGAUGGCACAGAACCAGUCAUACCCAAAAAUAGGAAAGAACGCUUAGCGGAACGAAAAUCAAAUUUAAUUGAAAAACGUAAGGCUAAGCGUGAAAAACGCAAGCAGAAAAAGAGUGAAAAUAAAGAAGUUAAAACAAAACAAUCUGACCAGAAUUCCACUAUAAAUAAUGAAGAGUAUCCUCCCGAUCGAUUUGCAUUACUUCGACCGCCGCCUACAAGUGACGAUAAAGAAGAUGAUGAUGCCAAUAGUGAUGAUGAGGCCGAAGCACCGAUAUUGCUGAAUGCCUCAGCAAUAAGUGUGGAUGAUUUGGAAGGUUGGAACGGCUUAGGUGUGCCCCAGGUUGUUUUAAGAGCUCUUGCAGACAAGGGUUUUAAAUCGCCAACAGAAAUUCAGGCUAUGACACUUCCAGCAGCAAUUUUAGGCAAAAAGGAUAUUCUGGGUGCAGCAGAGACAGGUAGUGGAAAAACACUAGCAUUUGGCAUACCAAUUUUAACCGGUAUAAUGGAGUUAAAGUCGAAGAACGUGCGAAGCGGUAUACGUAAAGCGCCAAAAGUGAAGGGUCAAAAACCAGAACUGAAGACAAAAGUGAUCGAGGAAAAUCGCGAACUAACACCGCCGCCAGAAGAACUUGAUUUUUAUCCAACAUUGCCCACAGAAGACGAAGACAGUGAGUUGGAAGAAAAUGAAGAGUACAAUGGUCCCCUAUAUGCAGUUAUUCUAACCCCCACUCGUGAGUUGGCUGUACAGGUCAAGGACCAUUUGGUGGCAGCGGCGAAAUAUACGGGUAUCAAAGUAGCUGCGAUUUUCGGCGGUUUAUCUGUGGCAAAGCAAGAGCGGUUGCUUAAACGUUGUCCAGAAAUUGUAGUCGCGACUCCUGGACGACUGUGGGAGCUCUAUCAACAAGAAAAUCCUCAUCUGAGUAAAAUGGAAGAUAUAAGUUUUUUAGUGAUCGACGAAACUGACCGCAUGGUAGAAAAGGGACAUUUUGAAGAACUUCGAAGCCUCUUAAAAGUGUUGAACGCAAAUGAUGAAAAGAAAAAAACCCGACAAAAUUUCGUAUUUUCGGCGACCCUAACGCUGGUGCACGAUUUGCCUGAGCACAUGCAACGUCGAAAUGUGGGAAAACGACCAAAAUUUAUUAAACAAACGCCAGGAUUGAAAAUUCAAAGUCUCAUUGAUGAAUUGGGUAUUUCACAGCCAAAAAUAGUAGACAUAACCAGAAGCCAACAAACGGCACAAAACCUCACCGAAUGCCGUCUCAUAUGUGCGAUUGACCAAAAGGACUACUAUCUUUAUUACUUCUUGGAGCGCCAUCCAGGGCGUACAAUUGUUUUCUGUAACUCAAUCGACUGUGUGAAACGUCUGGCAACACUAUUCGGUCUGUUGGAAUGCGCACCACUACCUCUCCAUGCGAACAUGGUACAAAAGCAACGUUUGAAAAACCUGGAACGUUUCCGUGAUAAUCCCAAUGGACUCUUAAUAGCCACGGAUGUAGCUGCACGUGGCUUAGACAUACCAAAUGUGGAACAUGUGAUACACUACCAAGUACCACGUACUAGUGAGAACUAUGUGCACCGCUCGGGACGUACUGCACGUGCGAAUAAAAAUGGUAUAACUGUAAUGUUCAUGGAGCCGGCCGAAGUGAAGAGUUAUGUUAAACUGUAUAAAACUUUGGAUCGAACGGAAGAUUUGCCAUUGUUUCCGGUCUCUGAAAGAUAUCUACGCCCUGUAAAAGAGCGUGUUAAUUUAGCUCGUGAAGUAGACAAACUGGAGCUUAAGCAAAGACGAACACAAAGUGAAAUUGGUUGGAUGAAAAAACACGCAGAAGAGAUGGAUAUGAUUAUAGACGGCUUUAAUGACGAGUCGGGCAGUGAACAAGAUGAGGACGCUUUCGUUAUCGAACGAAGACGCGACCGGGUUCAUUUAGAAAAUGUACGUGCGCAGCUCAGGUCUUUAUUAACCAAGCCGAUGUUUCCAAAAGGCUUUAGUUUUAGAUAUCCCACCAGUACCGGACAAUUGCAAAUGCUAGACAUUAAUAACCCCGUCGGCGAAGCAGAUAAUGGAAGUGCUGUAAAUGUAAUGAAGGCUGCUAUAGAAGACUUGAAGCAAGCAAAAAAGAAUCGUAACAAAAGGCGAAAACAAUAAGUGUGUAUAAUCUUUAUUACAAGAUAUUUGUAUAAAAAAUAAUAAUAAAAGUUUAUCAGUGCUUUGAUACAAAA